UGGGAGAAUUUUACAUCAGCUCCGUUGCUUCAACAAAGGACGGCCUCGGGCUUAAUGGGAGAUUUAUUGAUGAUUUUGUCGAUGAUUUGCACGUUCAAUCCCCGAGCAAAUGAAAGGGUGGGACAACGCCAUUGGCUGUGACAGGCAGUGUGCAGCGUGAUUUAUCUCUGUUUGUCCAGUUUUAUCUCCAACAGUCUAUCUCGACAUAACAUUGUUGUCGCUCUUACUGUGGAGUAAACGCGGGGCCGUGCGAGCUAUAGGUUGUGAUUUUAUAUUUAACGAGGGCUAAAAGGAUACAAGCGAUUUCCAUCUGUAAAGGGUUAUUGCUGACUAAAAACGUGCUUUGAAAUCAUGCACUCGUGCAUACUGAAUUAUGUGUGAAAUCUAUUUUGUGUAAGCUGCAUGGUCUGUUAAUUAAACGUUGUUGUGUUUUUUUUCUUCUUCUAAUUGAGCAAGCCUCCUGAGCCUGAGAUUUAAAAACUAGAUUUUGCCCCCGGCACACCCCCCGAGAUAAUUAACCAAGCAUCACAGCCUGCCUGACUAUGGGCUGCAAGUCUGUCUGCUGCUGCAGUAUAGAAGGGGAACAUGUCAGGGAGGAAGCCACUGGAGGCUUAUUGAAGCUGUCAGAGAUCACUUCGUCUCUCUACAGCCUUUCUCUGCGAUGGGACUGCAUUUACUGAUCAAGUGAGCCACAAUGUUGACCAGGCUUUUCAGUGACCCGUCGCUGCUUCCCGAAGUGCAGAAAUACUCUGGCUGGGCGGAGGACAGCGAAGGCGAGGAUCCCAAGAUCAAAGAUGAGGACCAUGAUGCCCAGGACGACAUAGAGGAAUCUGAGCUGAGAGGAGGCAGCCGGACGCAUUCCGAACACGCCGGGGAAGACGACGAAGACGACGAGGUGGAGGAAGAGGACGACGGAGAGGAUACCGAGGGGGACAGGCCCAAGAAACGAGGCCCCAAGAAGCGGAAAAUGACCCAGGCCCGGAUCGAGCGCUCCAAACUCCGCCGGAUAAAGGCCAAUGCACGAGAGCGGACCCGCAUGCACGAUCUGAACUCUGCGCUGGACAAUCUGCGUAAAGUGGUGCCCUGCUACUCCAAAACGCAAAAACUGUCCAAAAUCGAGACGCUGCGGUUGGCUAAAAACUAUAUCUGGGCGCUGUCGGAGAUAUUGCGUUCUGGGAAAAGGCCCGAUCUUGUGUCCUACGUGCAGACCCUGUGCAAGGGGCUCUCCCAGCCCACAACCAACCUGGUGGCGGGAUGUCUGCAGCUGAACUCCCGUAACUUCCUAACCGAACAGCAGUGUCAGGAUGGGGGCAGAUACGGCUCCGGCUCCUUCUCCAUGCAUUCGUACCCCUACCAGUGUGCACGUCUGUCCAGCCCCCACUGCCAGCCGGGCUCGAACUCACACCCGCUGAGGACGCACGGCUACUGCCCAGCUUACGACUCUCUGUAUGGUGGGAGCGGAUCCCCGGAGUAUAACAGCCCCGAGUAUGAGGGGCCCCUCAGCCCACCCCUGUGCAUCAAUGGCAACUUUUCCCUGAAGCACCAAGGCUCCGCGUCCCCUGAGAACGAGAAGGGGUACCACUACUCUAUGCAUUACUCCGGCCUGUCCGGCUCCAGACCCACCGGGGCCCACAACCUGGUGUUUGGCUCUUCGGGGGCCCGGAGUGGCAUUCACUCUGAAAACGUCCUGCCUUACCAUGACAUGCACUUACACCACGAACGGGCCCCCGUGUAUGAUGAACUGAAUGCGUUUUUUCACAAUUAAAGUGAGAACCAUAUAGUGAGUCCUGUUGCAAUCAGCAGUCUCUCCACAGCACACUUUUUGACAAGACUAUUCGCCAGGAUUUAGGCAUUCUGGAAAGAUUUCACUCCUUGUCAUUGCUGUUUUCCCUUUAAUUUAUUCAGUAUUAAGCCUUUUGUUUGCUAUAGUCAGGGAUGUAAUGAAGGGCGAUCCACCUAACCCACGAUCUUAUUUUGCGCAAUAGAAUUUAUACAGCUUUUUAAAGGCUGAUGUAAAUUUCCAAGAGGAAAUUUAACAAAUAAAUCAUAUCAAGCCCAGAGGACGAGGGAAUUUUAAAUUAUUCACGUUUGUAUGUGAUUUGUGUUUGUAUUGGUGGUUGUUUGCAUUUUGAUGGCUGGAAGACAAAGUCUACCCACUGAUUAAUUUACCACUACAUCACUGGCUACAACUACACCCUGACAUCGGGGGUGGUUUUCUAAUAUUAUGAAAUUUGACAUCAAUCAGUGAGAAAGCUAAUGCAAGUCACAUUUAUUCGCAUGUACCUGCAAGAUUUGCAAGAAUGUGGUUUGAUGACAUCUAAACAAAUGCAGAGGGAAACGAGGAACUGAAGGAAAUGUGUUAGUUGGGUUGUUCUAGAAGAAUCUGUUCUUUAGCAAAUCAAUCGUUUCGCAUCUAUGCAAAACCGAACGAGACCAGAGAGCAAGGCAAGAAAGCCCAGAAAGACACUGUGCGUUUCAUCAGUGUACUGUCGCUGCACGCACGGGUGCGCGCAGACAGAGACAGACACACACACACACACACACACACACCCACCCACACACACACACACACACACACACACACCCAGCCUUUGGAACUGACACCCAACGAAUCUGUCAGUGGCUGGGCUAGCCAAAAUAUUUUAGCUUCUUAAAAAAAA